AUGUUGAUCUUCUGUGUACUUGUAUUUUCUGUGAUAAAUGUUGGUGCACUUCCAAGGUGGGUUUUUCCUUUUUAACGAAAGUUCAAAGAGAAAAAUGUGUGUUACCAUCAGAACUUUUGUACUUGAUAACGCACCCAAAAAAUUCCUACGUUUCAUACUCUUUGAUGUCUUCUUCCUUCUUCUCAUAGAAAACGAAACAAAAAAAAACAAUUUAGGGUCAAAGAAAAACCAGAAUUUUAUCAAUUCGAUCAAUCAUUUGAUUUUUCAGAGUUCGCCGUCAAUACUGGAAUGACAGUCCUUAUUAUCAAGGGGCAAGAUAUUAUGAGCAACAACAAUCUGAUCCACGAUGGAAUAAUUAUCAACAGGUAUUUUUUAUUGUUUUUGUUUUUUUUUUAAUUUUUUUUUGUUUUUUUUCAGACCAAUUAUCAAGUUUACUAUCCAAAUCAAUUUGGAUAUCAAGGAAACUGGCAAUAUGCUUCACAUGAUUCAACUGGUUAUGUAACACCUCCACCACAACGUCCAUACCCGCUCCCAAAUCAACAAUUUUUGUCUCAAAAGCCCGCUUCUGGAUAUGCUCGUCCAGAUUAUUUACGUUCCUCUGUUAAACCUACAAUUCCAGUUGUUAUCGAAAGAACUACACAGUAUGUAACACCUCAGCCUUUGCCAACUUUGAGACCUCCAACAUUUAUGGAACGGAUGAUUGCCUCAGGUUUGGUUCCAUCUACAGCAGUCACAUCAUCCACAAAUAUUGAUGGAUUUUUUGAUCGAGAUGUUCUUCCACCUAGAGAAACUUCGGAUGAGACUGUUGAGAAGAAAUCGGAGGAGGAAUCAGAAGAUAAAACAAAAGAAACUGCUGAAGAAAAGUCUGAAGAAAAAACACAAGAAACUAUUGAAGAUAAAUCUGAAGAAAAAUCAGGAUUCAUUGAGCAAUCUGGAGAAAAAUCAGAAGAAUUGACUACCACAUCAGCUCCUGAGACUUCAACUCCACUAGCGGUAUCUACUGUUGUUUCAACAACUAUAGAAGUUCUUGAGAGUACAACGCAACUUCCAACGACAUCAACAGAAGUUUCCACAACAUCUGAAUCUACAACGACAGUUUCUCCCACAACAACUGAAAUUUUGACAACUUUGAAAGUAGAGGCUUCCACUGAAACUACUACAACAUCCACAGAACCAUCUUCAACAAUUUCAGAAAAACCUGUAACUCUCAUCGCCACUCAGAGUCUUGAAAACUCCGAUGAAAAUGAAAAUCAAAUAGAUACCGAAGCCGCUAAAACCGUUUUCGAAACCGCAACCGGAAUUGUUGGACUUCGACCUCCUCCAAUUCCAAAGCAUCUUACUGAUCCAGACGAGGGAGAAGCAUCUGGUGUGGAAGUUGUUAAAUGGACUGAUGACGAGAAAAAGAAGAAAACUUUAUAA